CGUUAUUUCAAAGAAGGCUCACUAUUAGAACUUCCGCAUCUUUCUCAUUAUGAUCUGAGGUUCUAUUAUAAUAGAAUUGAGCCAAUAGAUAGAUUAGCAAUAUUACAUCGUAUUGCAAGAUCUUGGUUUAGAUUCACAAAUAGGCUUGAAUUAAAAACAUGGAUUGCCCAUGGUAGUUUAUUGGGAUAUUACUUUAAUGGUUUAAUAAUGCCAUGGGAUGAUGAUUUGGAUGUUCAGGUAACUGCAUCUUCGUUCGAAAAAUUGAUGGAAUAUAAUGGGACUUUGGUUAUUGAUUAUAAUGAUUUGAAUCUGGGGAAAUAUUUGAUUGAUAUUAAUCCAUGGUAUGGUGUAAGGUCUAAAGAAAGUGAUAAUAAGAUUGAUGCAAGGUUUAUUGAUGUUGAAAGUGGAUUAUACAUUGAUAUAACUACAUUAAGCCAUGAUUAUAUUGAUAAGAAUGAUGUUCAAAAUGAAAAUUUAAUUUUUUGCAAAGAUUAUCAUGUUUACAAGAUUGAUGAAUUGUCACCUUUAAUUCCAACGAUUUUUGAAGGUGAGGUUGGAUAUGUGCCAAAUAAUAUCCAAAAUUUGUUAUUGAGAGAAUAUAAAAGGAAAAGCUUAUAUUUGUUUGAAUAUAGAGGGUUUCAAUUUGAUAAAUUCCGAAGGAUUUGG